CACUUUGCUAAGCCGACAGACCAAGAGACUUCUGUGACCAUGCUCGGCCGAAUCGCUCUCCGCAAGGCGGUGCUCCGCUCGUCCAAGCUGGCGUCUGCCCAGAACCUGCGCCCCAUGGGCCUGCACACCACGGGCGUCGUGCGCAAGCAGGAGGAGGCCUCUGAGGAGAUCCCCGUCCCCACGGAGGGCCUGCUGGACCAGGCCGGUCUCACGGACUGGAAGAUCUCGGCCCCGAUCAUCGGCGCCCUGGCCAUCCCCGCCAUCUCCAACCACUUCUACGUGCUGAACGAGGAGUCCCAGCUGGCUUGCUGCUUCUUCCUCUUCUGCUCGGCCGCGUACAAGUUCGGCGGCGAGAUGAUCGCCUCGUACUUUGACGAGCGCGCUGCCGCCAUUCUGGGUGAGCACAACGCCGUGGAGGACGCCAACCUGAACCUGGCCAAGGAGACCCUUGAAACCCACAAGGCCAUGCUGAACAUCCACGAGGACAUCGCCGCCGUGGCGGAGGCCCACAAGGAGGCCGUGGCCCUCAUGUGCGAGGUGCAGGCCUACAAGCUGCGCCACAAGACGCGCGACACGUUCGUCAAGAACCUCGAGUCGAUCCGCGAGAUCGAGGCCAGCUACAACCUGGAGCUGCAGAAGAGCAUGGUGGCCAACGCCACCAGCAAGGUGCGCGCCGUCGUGGAGAAGGGCGACAAGAAGCUCAAGGACGCCGCCUUCAAGAAUGCCCUGGACGUUCUGGGCAACGCCAAGGUGGACGAGAACAAGGAGGACGACGUGGCUGCUCUCUUCACUAAGGAGCUGCGCGCCUACGCCGCCGACCUGGAGGCCAAGCAGGGCCAGGUGGUCAAGCUCACGGAGGCCGAGCAGAGCGAGCUGCAGGCCGACCUGGACGCCUACAUGAAGCGCUUCGACCUCGAGGACGCCGACUUCAAGGCCCCCAAGGAGGUCAAGCUCGAGCUCAUGUAAGCUGCUGGCGUUCUCUGACCCGACCGUACGUGCAGUGUGGGAAAGCCAAGUGAGCAAAAGCUACGCAGACUCGUGGCCUCGGCAGUUUAAAAAUGAAUGGACCAUCCAUCUACUUGAGAGAAUAAGCAGACGGCUGAGCAAACAGUCCACCAUC